AUGUCGACCUUCGAACCCGUCAUUGUCAUCGACGGCAAGGGCCACUUGCUCGGUCGCCUCGCCAGCACCGUCGCCAAGCAGCUCCUCAAUGGCCAGAAGAUCGUCGUCGUACGAUGUGAGGCUCUCAACAUCUCCGGCGAGUUCUUCCGCGCGAAGCUGAAGUACUCGGCUUUCCUGCGCAAGCAGACCCGUUUCAACCCCACCCGCGGUGGUCCCUUCCACUUCCGCGCCCCCUCCAAGAUGUUCUGGCGAACCGUCCGUGGCAUGAUUCCCCACAAGACCGCUCGUGGUGCCGCCGCCAUGGAGCGCCUCAAGACCUUUGAGGGUAUCCCCGCCCCCUACGACAAGAAGAAGCGCGUCGUUGUUCCCCAGGCCCUGAGGGUACUGAGGCUCAAGCCUGGCCGCAAGUACUGCACUGUCGGACGUCUCGGCCACGAGUUCGGCUGGAAGUACCAGGACGUUGUUGCCCGUCUUGAGGAGCGCAGGAAGGUCAAGGGUGCUGCUUACUACGAGCGCAAGAAGGCCCUCCGACGGCAGUUGGCCGAGGCCAAGAAGACGGCCAACGUGGACAGCAAGACCCAGGAGCAGCUUACCGCCCUCGGAUACUAG